AUGGCCAAUUCAUCUCUCAAAGCUCUUUGGAAAAAUCUAAGAGAUUUUUUCAUGAGAGAAAGACUAAAAAUGACCAAACUUAUGAGUGGGUCACAGGCAGACCAUCAUAUUUCAUGGCCAUACUACCAGGAUAUGCUAUUCCUGGUAGAAACUGUAACACCAAGGUUACAGUUAUCCUCUUUAGAUAUGGGGGAAGGAUUUAUUCCAAAAGAUGUAAAUAAUAUCUUUAAUGAAAUUAUUGGGGAGACAAAUGAAUUUGAUUGUAUUGAUAGUGAUCUUAUAAUAGAUAUUAUUAUUCCUAAAGGACCUCCAUUACAGCUUAGUAAUGAGUGUGAAUCUAUUUUUUCUGACUCUAUUAUUUCAUAUUGUAAAUAUCCUAAGAGGAAUAAUGAAAUAGAUGAAAUAAAAACUUUACUAAAAUUAGAACAUGAAAAAACGAUAUUGGAAUUAGAGAUGACUAAAAAUAGAUAUAAUGAGAGAGAAAUUAGACAGAUGCAGUAUUCAAGAGAAGAAAGAUCUUUCUGA